UCCACUAGGAUCCUGUGGUUGAUUCUCUGGACAUCAGGGAGUGAAGUAGGGAAUCCUGGGCACCUCUACCUCUAUUGUUUCUUUUCUAUCUUAUGCCAAAUGUAAAAUAGACAGCAUAAAAGGCGUGCAUAAUGCAAUGGAAACAAUGGACACGUCCGACAAAAAUCGAACUUACCCAAAGUCCACCGUCGUGUUAAAAAAGCGCAUGCCAGAUAUCACGGAUACCACUGGGACGCAAGACGAAUCGAAGUACGUUGAAUUGAAUGAUUUACUUGACAUAGAUACAGACGACACGAACACUGUCACCGGUGAGGGGAGCCAAAUGGCGACUGACGAGGGCAACGGUGGCUCGAGAGCAGAAGAGAAAACUUCUGGAGACGGAGACCUGAUGAGUAAGGUGACUGAUCAUAUCAACGGCGACAAAUUAAAGGAGGAUAUUAACACAAAGGAGUGUGCCAAGGGCUAUCUAUCAGGGUUUAUUGGAACUGUCUGCUUCUCUGAGGUUCCUAACCUGAAUGAAAACACGAUGGACUCCCCCGAAUCCCCUAGAUUCGUUGGUAAUAGGGAGGUCACUGCGGAGUGGAUACCGGAAAAGGACGCGUUUGAGGAUGUAGAACAUAUGCCAAUUGACAAUGAAGAUGUAUUGUCAAUUGACACUGACAUGUUAAGCGGGCAAAAUGAGUCGGAUGAUGAUGUGAGCUUGGUGCUGACCGGUGAUUGUGAAGAUUGCGUGCCUUGCAGUACCGUGGAGGAUGAGCCUCAUUACAUAACCACGCACGAGAUCCAGCUCUCCGAGCUUUCAGAUCACGAUGUCGAUAAUGAUAUCGGACAGGAGUGGGAUGAUAACCAGAUCUACUCUUUCGUAGAUUAUGCUGCUUUUGACGGCGAUGGAACGAUGGCAGGAAGAGAGAAGAGGGGGAAAAGCAAUCAGGGUCAGGCUAAUAGCGGUGCGGCAGUCAGCACUAAGCUGGAAAGUGAUCUCGGGGACAGGGACAAGUGCGCCAUCUCAGAUGAAAGUCUGUCAAAGAACCAAAAUAAUGUUAUAGGACAGAUCCACCUGUCAAUCAAAACUACUUCUCGAGCUAUAAAUGAGCCUAGCGACGUCCAAGAAAAUGAAAAUAUUACUUAUCAUGCCAAGCACGCCGGAGACAUGAGUCGCUACGUUUUUAGAGGAGCUGGUGAUGUAAAUACGGAAAAUGUCUGUGAUAGCGCUAAGUGUUUCAUAGCCGCCCCCGGACGCUUGCACUUUGGCAAGAAUUUAAAAGGCAAAGAUGUUAACGACUAUUCCAGCGGUGCGUCCAGCGCCGUCAGUGAACUUGACGAUGCGGAUAAGGAAGUGCGCAACUUGACUGCCAGAGCGUUCAAGAGUUUAGCAUACCCAUAUUUUGAUGCCAUCAAUUUCAGUACCUCCAGCGAGUCCUCCGCCUCCGAGCUGGGGUUGAACAGGUGGUCAACUUUUGUUGACCUUAAAUAUGGCAACAUGAACAUGUCUCAGGGACGCGAACCAAACACAGGGUCUCAUAAAAGUUCCACGUCAUCCUCUGAAAUUGCUAAGAAUAAAGACAAUAAAGGAUAUAAGGGUUUGGCAUUGGCUAGUACUAAACCGCCCCCGAACAAGCUCUUUGCAUUGAAUGGUGCUCUUUCUGGUCCCUAUAACGCAUCUUCUGCAGCAAAGAAACUUGAGCUUAUGGGAAAAUUUGGGACGGGGCACGGUGGAGUUAUCACGCUCACAGAAACAUUCAAUAUUCGUUGUAAUGUCAAAUCAGGGCUGCCUGGGAGUGAAAGGCGCUCGAAAUUUGCACAAAACGUAACAGGAUCACGUUCCACAGAUGAAGUUACCAGCACCUUGCCAAGCGGCCAGGGGAAUGAGGCCAGCAAGCAACCCUGUAAUGCAGGGGAAACCAUGGAAGGCACACACAAGAAAGCAAUAUUCGCCUCGAGCCUUCUUAAAAAUGUAAUUUCUAAGAAAAUGCAGUUUGAGCAAGAGCGCAAAAUGGAGAGGGGGGAGAUACGCGAGUCCUAUCACGCUCCAUCUCACUGCCUUCUCCGACAAGAGCCUGAAAUUGCGCACAUGGAGAGGGAGAGGGCUACACCGAAAGAGUCCAAUGAUUUCCAAAGGCAAAGCCCGAAAUACUCAGAGGCGAGUUCUGACUUAACUAUUGUUUGUGUCGAUGAACUAGGGGACUUAGUGGACACUAGCUCGUGCGAUGCCAAGGACGAAUGCCGGAGACAAGACACUUUAACUCUUGCACCAGAAACGAAUUUAGCGUCGACAAAUAAAGUCGGAUUCGAUACUAAAAAAGGAGCAUUCGAAGUGGCCAACAACACACUGCUACGCAGCCAAAAUAGCGCAUUCAGAUCCUGGAGGGACGGUGAGCUAGAGUUUCAAAAGGAACAUAUCAACGAUAAAACUCCGCAGGGGAAACCGUCUUCGUCCAACGACAACCAGGGGGAAACGGACUUGUACACCGAUUCAGGCAACAGUGAGCUAACCAAAAUGUUACAUUUGUUUGUGCCAAGUAUCCAACAACUGUCCAAUGAGAGAGAAGUUUCAAAGCAGCUGCCGACUAUGAAUUAUUCGACCUGCGCUGCUGCGGAUCAAGGAGAGGGAGGAGGUAUGAAAUUACGCGCCAACAACACCCAAUACGUCGCUGGUCCGAGGAGUGUGGUAACAUCCAAAUCACCCGAAAUUAAAAUCAGUUUACGGAGUGUAAAAGAAAACAAAAGCGACCCGUUCAACGUUGCAAAGCUGGUGCCUUCCAAUAUAGGCUGCAACUCAGUCAGCCUGAAAAAGGCAGGCGACGAGUCCAGAUGUCAAGCGCUCGCCGCAGCGUUGAAGGGUGAGUCCUCCGAAAAAGUACCACACUUCACGGUCAGAGACAUACGAGACCACAGGGGCAAGCUGCAAACACCUAUACACCAAGUUAGAGACGUGCGCAAAUUGGUUAAAAGUUCUUAUCACUUUGUGUCGUUGGAUAAUAACGUCACCGCCGGCGACCUUAACUCCGAUCAAAAGCUUUUCAAACAGGGGUCUUAUCGAAACCCUGCGUCGCUUUCCCCCAUAGUAAUAAAGUGUCAGUCUGUGAAUACCAAUACCAAUGGGAAUGGGAAGCAAUCUGGAAAUCUAAUUGGGUAUUCUAAAUCUAGACUCAACGAGGAUUCAUUUGAAGUUGACAGGUCAUCACCCCAGCAAGAGGGCACCAAAAGCGACUUCCACCAACCGACAUGGAGAGCGCCAUUAUACAAUACAAAACAACUGAAAGGUGAUUCUUCUGAAGGCCCCAUUGGACUUGUAAUUGAAACCAGAACAGCUUCUAGAAGACAGGAUAAAACACCUGACAUCGGUGACAAGACAAAACCUGAGUGUAAAAUGUCCAACGUGGGUGCCUUCGAGAAAUUACAGGCUGCAGUCAAAACCAUGGAGCAGUUGUAUGUUUUUGAUAGAAAUGAGUGGAAGAGGAAAUCAGAGCCACACUCCAUAUUAUCAGACAGUCAUCUGCUCUCUCUCAUAUCCAGCGAGGAGCAUGGGCCAGAGGAGGAAGGAGUGAAUGUGGCCAAUGCCAUGACCGUGCCAACAUUUAACAUGGACAAGCUCAUCCGGAGAGACUCAUACCUUAACUCUGACAAAUCCCUGCCUGCUACGACCGCCUUGCCCGUUUGCGAAAAGACACCACCCAAACGAGAGGAGAAAGAACCCCUGAAGACUUUUCACAUUCCCAUCAGCCAGGAUGUGCCCAAAUCCCUGGCUCAGCUAGGUGGAACACCAAUGGGUACCAAUAAUGUGUUUAAUGUCAGCUCCAUGGCUUCAGGAAACCCCCCCACAAAUAACAAUAACAAGGCAUCAUCACAGCCACAUGCUGCAUCACAAUCACCUUACUGCAAAGGCUUCAGCCAAGUGUCUCCUAAACUUCCGGUGUCAGUGAAAAUCUCCCAGCAGCUCAGAAAGGCAGAGGAGAGACAGAGAGAGAGACAGAGGGAGAGACAGAGGGAGACGGCCAACAGUAUGAAGGCAGACAUGCCCUUCCAGUUCAGCAGAGCUUCAGUCGAGCACGAAAACUAUCUCACCAUCCCCGUCAAGUCUCAUGCCACCAGCGACAAGCAAACCGCUGUGUCCGCUGGCGGUGGAUGCGAGAAGACAGCAAUUUACACCGUCCCCGCCACUGGCGCCAAGACCCAGAUGGCCAGCCCACCCGGUUAUUGUGGCGCCAAGAGGCAGGAAGAGACCCGACUUUCCCCACAGAAACGCUCCACCAUCGUCAUGGAGACGAGAGCCCAGGACACGCCAACUGCCACCAUCUACCACAUGCCCAUGGCUCAGAGCAUGGCGUCCACCCAACCACAGAUGUACUGCUUUUCCCCAACCAUGUCCCCACAAGCCAUCCCCCAGAUCGACCACUACCAGCGCACCCAGAGAAAGAUGCUCUUUGACCCCAGUACAGGGAACUGCUACCUGGUGGACACCCCCGUCCAGCAGGCCACCCGCCGCCUCUUCGACCCCGAAACGGGCCAGUAUGUGGACGUGCCCAUGUCCCAGCAGCCUAUGUCUCCCAUGUCCAUGUCCAUGCCCCAAAUGCCGCCCAUGCCCAUGCCCAUGCCCAUCUCACCUUUAGCCCUGAGUCCCGGCUCCUAUGGACCCACCUACAUGAUCUACCCAGGCUUCAUACCCGCCAUGCCCAGCACGCCUACCCUGAUCCCCACUAGAAUGCAGUCGCAGCUCUCCAUGCCGUUGGAGCAGGAAGACUCCGGAAACAAAGGCGGUUCCUCCCAGCCAGACUACAUGGACAUGGAGAGUCCUUACUACAUGGCCACAGGGUCUGGGAAGUCUCCCUUGGCUGGAGGCUCCAGUAUGGGCCACGUCCAGCAGCAGGGCAGGCCGGGGGUCCAGGGCUUCACCUCCCAGCAGGGACCACGCAUCAUCGCCCCGCCCUCUUUCGAUGGGACCACCAUGAGCUUUGUGGUGGAGCACAGGUAAACGGCAGGACCUGUCACAUGAUACGAGUGAAUUUUGACGUGUCCUGAUGUGUUCUGGGCCCUCCAGUGCCACUAACCCUACCGUCUGGACUAUUUGGUUCAGGGGCAUCACGGUUCUUGGUCAUCAAUGCCGGUCGUCAUGGUCAUCACGGUUCUUGGUCAUCUCAACCGACAGGAUUGUUAUUGCCUCACCUUUCUAAAGUAGGCUACCACUCUAUCCCCCUUUCUUUUCUUAACAACUCUGUGUUACAUUUGGGAGUUUGGCAGAAAUGUUUACUAGUUAAUGUAGUUUUUUACCAUGUGCUGUAUAUUUUAUUUACAUGUUUGAUUUUUGGGUCAUUUUGAUUUGGUAUUGCAAUACUCAUGCAAUGCAAUAUAACCUCAUGCAAUCGUUCUCACAGGCAUUGUCAUGAUAAAUCAUUUUAAUCUGUACAUUGAAUUAAUAAUAGUAAUCAUGUAUUUUCACAUAAGAAGAGCAUGAUUGUCAAACCCACCCUCCAUUGGUUAUUAAUAAGAUUAGGCUCCAAAUCCAUUCUUGUGGGACCCCCGGCACUGCCCCUUUGAUCUAGCCCAGCAUUAACACACCUGUGCCAACAAAUCAAGGGUUGAGGAGUUAAAUCAGGUGUGUAAGUGCUGAGCUAAAAAUAAGUGCUCUCUGAGAGGUUCCUAGGAAUGGAUUGGGAAACAUGUUGUCGACAUUUUCUUUGUCGCAUUCUCCACACUAGAGGUCUAUGUUCUAAAAUGCACAACUUCCGGAAGGGUGCAGGUUGUCCCAUUUAUUUCUUUAGCAAGUACAUGAGGCAUGACAGCACACUUGGACAGCACACUUGAACUAAGUCCUCAGGAGAAUGGAAGAGGGCUUAUAUCUCUCUUUGUAUUUUUGUUGACCUUGAUCUGAACCUGUACUUGGCUUCCUCCCUUCUCUCUGUUACGGUGCCACCUGCUGUUUGCUUUCUCCCCGUUGGUGAGUUCAGUUCAGUACAGUAUAAUCUUGUAUUGUUUUAAUUGGUUAAAAAAACGAUAUGUUGCCAACAAUAUUAGCACUAAAAACAAUGAUGGUGGACAUUCUAUUUCCUUUCUGAAUCUUGUUAUUAUUUCACUAUUGAAAAUGAACGAGCGCUUGUCUUGAAUACACAUUAUGCAAUAUGUGGUUUGGUUUGAUAUACUUCUGCUAAAAUUGGUAUUUGUUGAUGCCUGUUUAUCUUGGGUAUUGUUAUUACUGCAAUGUCAUUAAGUGUUGACAAUUUUGCCCUGUCACAUUUAGGUGCUCUUAAUGCAGGUAGCAAGCACUGUGAGUAAGAGGUGGAUGUUUAGACAUUUCAUAAGGUUUUAUAAAAACACAACUGAAGAUUUGCGGUGUGGAAAGUAUUCUUGAUGUUUUUAUAGUAACAUGGAUACAGUAAUCUCACAUUUAUGAGUUGAAGUCUGUUUUGGACAAGUUGAUGGGGCUUUCACUGUAUUUAAAAAAUAUGUUUUCUUUCCAGACCCCCUAUACAAUAUGUGCAAACCUAUUUGUUUUAUAUUGAUGUGUACAGCAAACCACAUGCUUUCAGAACUGCUGGCCAGUCCAUCCAUCUCCCUUCAUAAGUAUGUUUUGGGAUUGCUGUUUGAUAUUUUUAAAGGUCCAAAAAAAAAAAAAUGCUGCUUAGCAAAGAGCAAUUUCUUAAUAAAUAAUUUUGCUAGGACUGUCUGGGAGUGGUCUGAGUGGGGAGGGGAAAAUUGAAAACUAGCUGUUAUUGACAGAGAGGUUAGGAACUCUUUUUAUUUGUCUAUUAUUAACAGAUUUACAGUGGGAUGGUGGGAUGGCCAUAAUUCCAUCCCACCAAAACAGGCUGACAUUUCAGGCGGUCUUUUCAAACAUCUC